CUGCCGCUACCUGCCCUCUCUGUCUGCCUUCGCUCCCCUCUUCUCCUCCAUCUAAGGUUUGCCACCGUCGCCCGAUCCGAGGCAGAUGUCACCCACAACAGCCAUGGCGAAGCUGUCUCAGGCCCCGUCUAACUCAGGUACGUGCCCUCCUCGUCUCCCUCCUCUCCUUCCUGUCGGACCACCCGCUCCGCGACCACCUCAUCACCGUCGUUUCCGCCUUCGCCUCCGCCCUCACCGCGCCCAUCUCCAGGGACCACGAGGGCCUGCACCUCGCUGCCUCGUCGACGUGCUCCUCGUCACCGCCAACCGCCCCAACCACACGUUCGACUACGUCGUGCGCGCUCGCUUGUGACGCCCUGCGCACCCUCGACGCCGCGCUACCGGGUCUCCUUGCCGAGGUCCUCGGGCACCUCUCCGCGCUCGCCGGCCAGGCAAUCCUACCUCCUCCUGCUCGCCUCCGGCGCACGCCAUGCCGUGUGCCUCAGGAGGCUCGCCUCUAGUGUUUCCAUCCUGGUGGUAGCAUGCCCGCCCAUCCCCUUCAUCAUACCUCCUCACCUGCUCUUGCCUCCCGGCGUCCAUGGCGCCACCAUCGAAACGUCAGAGACAUAAGGAAGGUGCUCGCUCUACUUCUAGACCGUUCAUAGGUGCUCACACCCGCAGCGGCCAUGGAGAUGAUGGUCAUUCUUGCCAAGGUCGCGUCGGCUAUGCUCCAGUGGGCGCCGGCGAUUGCAGCGCACAUUCAAGUGCACUUCGGGGGGGAUGCUGCAUUCGUCCAAUGCCAUGCUGCUACACUCGCUACUCACUCCUUUGCUCCAGUUCCCAGAUGCCUUUGGAGCUGAGGAUGAGCGCCCGUGAGGUGCACCAUCAACUCGCAGUGUCAUUGUUGGCUUUGCAUUGGCUACUCGGCUGGCUGAGAAAUCUGGUGCCUGGUCUCACCCAUUGGUUUUACCCUGUCGUGUUUGAUCCCCUUGGGCUCAAGGGCAAGAAGCUGGAUUGUCUACCUUAUGUUGCUACUGGUGUUGAUGGGGAGAAGGUUGCAGUAACAGGCAGAGCAAGUGAGCAAUUGAUUAGGCUCAAAAUAUGGAAAAUCCAUUUUGGAAAUCCACUGCCUACGACCACCAUAUUCCAUUGUCGCCAUGAUCUGGCGAGCCUGUACGGCGGGAUGAGCCAGAGCCAUGACGCAAAACCUGAUGGAACCACGCGAAGACGCUCGUGAGGGAUCACCACCAAAUAGGCACUAGCGACAACUGUGAGAAUCUGAUACCAAUUUUUAAUAUAUCGUGUGAUAGCCGGAAUAUUACGGACCAUGAUAGAAGAACUCAGAACAAGGUUUGGGAAGAAUGGCAUGAAAAAAUGAACCAGAUGAAAAGAUAGAAGUGUUCGGAAGUAGUUUUCUGUUAUUUUCGUGGUGUCCAACUAGGUUGUCCGCUUUAAAUUAAAGCUAGUUGUUUGAACUGCCGCAACUGUAAUAUAUAGAGACAAAAACAUUAUAUAAACAUUAGAAGUCGGUACAGAUUAAAGCC